UUCCUUCGAAGGCGACGUCCGCACGUGUUGAGCUAAAGCGUGUUGUUUACACUAUUUGCCGAAGUGCGCGCGUGCUUUUGGUCACUGAUGCCAAUAAAUAACGCUUCUGAUAUCGCCCCAGCCUGAGUUAGCGAUGCCCAAAGCAAAGAAGUCCAAAGGAGGAGGAGCAGGAGGAGGAGGAGAGAAGAGCGGCGGAGGAGUGGCGGUGGCUCUGGCCGACCAGAUCCUGCAAGCGGACACGAUCCGAGCCCGAGGCCGGGCGAAGGGGCGAGAUGUCCGGACAGAAAACGACGAUCAGUACGUCGACGAGCGUCUGUCCCGGAGGAUCUUACAGCAGGCCCGGAUUCAGCAGGAAGAGCUGCAGACUGAGUAUGGUCUGGCCCCGGAGAAGAAGAAGGCACCAGCUACUGUCCUGGGCCCUGACUCUCAGGAUGGUGACUCUGAUGAGGAGUGGCCAGCGCUGGGAGAAGCAGCUGCUGGCGAUGCAGACGCAGAGUGCGACGCUGAAGUGGUUGUGGACCCCGCCGACGAGAAGGCCAUGGAGAUGUUCAUGAAUAAGAACCCUCCGGUGAGGAGGACCUUGGCGGACAUCAUCAUGGAAAAGAUCACAGAGAAGCAGACUGAGGUCGGAACGGUGAUGUCUGAGGUGUCUGGGCAGCCGAUGCCCCAGCUGGACCCGAGAGUAAUAGAGGUGUACAGAGGUGUUAGUAAGGUUUUGUCAAAGUACCGCAGCGGUAAACUGCCCAAGGCUUUUAAAAUAAUCCCGGCGCUCUCAAACUGGGAGCAGGUUCUGUAUUUGACCGAGCCCGAGUCCUGGACAGCAGCCGCCAUGUACCAAGCAACGAGGAUCUUCUCCUCUAAUCUCAAAGAGCGAAUGGCCCAGAGAUUUUACAACCUGGUGCUGCUGCCCAGAGUGCGGGACGACAUCGCAGAGUACAAGCGGCUCAACUUUCACCUCUACAGCGCCCUGAAGAAGGCCCUGUUCAAACCAGGAGCGUGGUUUAAAGGUAUACUAAUUCCAUUAUGUGAAUCUGGGACCUGUACCCUCAGGGAAGCCAUCAUUAUUGGAAGCAUACUAACCAAAUGCUCAAUCCCAGUGUUGCACUCCAGCGCGGCAAUGCUUAAAUUGGCAGAGAUGGAGUACAACGGUGCCAACAGCAUUUUCCUGCGUCUCUUGCUGGACAAGAAGUACGCCCUGCCUUUCCGUGUCCUGGAUGCCUUGGUGGCCCACUUCCUGUCUUUCCGCAGCGAAAAACGCGUCCUUCCUGUGCUGUGGCACCAGAGCCUCCUCACGCUGGCGCAGCGCUACAAGGCCGACCUGGCCUCCGAGCAGAAGGAAGCGCUGCUGGAGCUGCUCAGGAUCCAAACGCACCCUCAGAUUUCUGCAGAGAUCCGCAGGGAGCUGCAGAACUCGGAGUCACGAGAUGUUGAAGUUGGACUCCCUGCUGUGGUGGAGAUGGACUGAUUUAGACUGGCGUGGUGCGUCCCGCUGCUUUAUCAUGUUCCCUCCGCUUGAAAAGACUUUGGCUACUGUCACGUUGGAAAUGCUAGAAUAACAAGACCUGUGUGGAAUCUGGGAGUUGUAAUUCUGGUCGAGCUCCAUCUUGUUUGCACACCAAGCAUACUCAUUAGGGGAGUGAUGUAAGAUGUUAUUUCAUAGCACAAGUCUGAGCCUGGCAAUAAGGAGACUGUUGUUGUGUGAAUGAAUUGGAUUCAGAGUAAGAUGAGCUAGGAGCACGGAUUAAAGAUCAAAUGAAUGCUUUAGACAUGGUCAUUGAUUUUUAUUUGUUGCUUGUUUUUUCUAACCAGCCACACAAGCUCAGCUGCUGUCUUCAGGUUAUGACUUCAUCCAUUAUUAAAGUCUUGGAAGAGUU